CCUAACCAUUAAUAAAUCUGUCCGUGUUUAUUUAAAGCCAAACAGCCUUCGUCUCACACUCUCAGUCACACACACACACAGCUCACAGCUGCAACUGACCGCCACGGCGUGUGCGCCCGAGUUACCGCGCGUGUGCGCAAGGGAAAGUGUGCGAGCGAGCAAAGGAUAAGGAGACAGAAGGAGGGAGAGGAAAGCGAGCGAUCGAGAAACGAGAAAGAGACGCGGAGUGCAAGACAAAGCUAUGAAAUUCAUCGGAGCGGUUUACGUCCUACUUCUCCUCCCUGCUUUAUGCUUCAACAGCGGUUCUGAAGUGCUGGAAAAGAAGCUGAGGGAGGUGUUCACAGAGAGGACGGGAAUCUUACGACAGCUCUCAAAAACAUCAAAGGAGCUGGACAGCAUAAAGGGUAACCUGCAGUCACUGAAGAAUGAUGACUCUGUGCCCAAAAAGGACGUGCAGAGGAUUCUGGAACUCAGCCACAAACAGAGGGAAGAGAUGAAGUCACUCCAGUCAGCCCUUCAAAAGAAACUUGACGAAGCUGCUGAAAGAGCUGAGAAGCAGCAAGCCACAAUCAUGUUUCUGAAGAUGGAGAUGGAAAAAAAGACUAAAAUCAUCAAAGACCUACAGCAGGAGAACAAAAGUUUGAAGAACAAACUUCUAUCUGGGAACAAACUCUGUGACAUACAUGCCGAAGAGUCCAAAAAAAUCCAAGCACAGCUGAAAGAGCUGAGGUAUGGCAAAAAGGAUUUAAUUUUCAAGGGUCAGCAGCUCAUGGACCUGGAGAACAAGCUGAGAGUUGCCAAAGAGGAGCUGGAGAAAGCAGCACUGGAUAAGGAGUCACAGCUGAAGGCCCUGAAGGACACCGUCCAUAUCUGCUUCUCAUCUGUCCUACACAGCCAGACACCCAGUCUACAUAGACUCCCAGCCACAUCCACUCAUCUGAUGAGAUUCUCCCCCUUGGUCAACAACUCACGAGUCACCUUCCAGCAACCGCACAUAAAGGAUAUUCCAAAAGUUCCCAGAAUCACAACAACAACUAAAUUGCCUGUAAAUGUGGAGGUAAUGAGAAGAGAUGGUUCAGGAGUCAAGGACUGCCAGAUGGUAAAGCUAGGUGCAGAUUGUUUCCAGAAUCAGACUGUGAGAACAUCUACUGAGAUAACAAAGAUGACAGGUCAUACCCAGCCAAGAGGCCCAGGGAGCAGCGGGCAUGGUAGUGUGCAGACAUCUGAGGACGGCAAGAUGGUGGGAGCCCCCAAAAAGCCACAGUCUGACAGACACAACUGAGAGACUUGGCUGACUGGCUGCAUGGUACAGAUGAAUCCUGAGCAGUUUAAGACCCUCUUUCUCUCAAUAACAAAGCACAUAAGCACAUGCCCACACACAUAUACACGUACAUACAAACACUGCACUUCAGGGGCACUUAGGCACCUAACACACAAACACCCCCCACCCCACAUACACACACACAAACCUACACAUACACACUAUAUGUAACACUGCUAUUGUAGAAAAGGAACCCCCAACAUACAGUUUUGAACUUUUUCAAUGACUCCAACAGUAUAGUACAGCGGCAUGCACUAUAGACUUUUAGGUUUUGAUUUUAAAAGUUCCAAUUGUACUGGUACUGGUCUUUUCUUUUAUAAUAACUGUUCCUUUCUCUGUUAUCUGUUUCGGUUCAACUUCUCUUGAAUUUGAGGACACAAGUUUCUUUGAUUUGUGAUGAUUGUAGUUGGGAACACUUUGUGGGCUGGCACCCUAGACCAGGGUCAUAUUCACAAAGAUUCUCAGCAGGAGUGUAGCUUUCAGCUCUGCUUCUCUAUGUGCUAAACCAACCAUUGGUAAAGGGUGCAGAAAGGCUCACUCUGCACUGUUGCUCCUGUUUCAAAUUCCUUUGUGAAAUCAGAUCCAAUAUUUCUAGGCUAAAAAGUACAGAUGUUAAGUAGGGACUAUUCUUGCACAGCUAACAUUUAAAAUGUAAAGGUUGUCACAUGGUGUAGCAAAGGUUAAUUUACUCUCAGUAUUCCAUAUUCUAAAGUAUUAGUAACUUAAGUUGGCUGGCCAACUUUCACCGUUGAAUACUUGGAAUUAGGUGCCAGAAUUAAAGAGAAAAGCCAGACUCACAAUGAGUCGUCUUCCUGAGAAUGAUGUGCCAUGCACUGAGUACUUAAUCUACUGCUACAUGUGUCAGUUUCUCUACCUUCCUGUGUCCUUUCAAUAAACAGUGAUUUUCGGUAAUUGUGUGAAGAAUAAAUGGUUAUUUGUGGAA